UUUAAUUUCGGUCUUGGUGGCGCGAAAACAAUCUUCAUUUGUAUCCACCUCGUGUAGAUUAUACUUUAUUUUUCUUCUAUUCAUGGCAGGAAUCAAAUCGUUAGCUGUUCGAGGCAUACGAAGUUUUGGGCCGGAUGAUGCUGAUGAACAACGGAUAUCAUUCGAUAAACCGUUGACUCUUAUCCUUGGACAAAAUGGUUGUGGAAAAACUACGAUCAUUGAAAGCAUUCGAUAUGCCAUCACGGGUCAGAUGCCACCAGGCAGCCGAAACGAAUGUUUUGUCCACGACACGAAAGUUAACAGAACGACUGAAGUUCAGGGUCAAGUAAAACUUAAGAUAGUAAAUGCCAAUGAUAAAAUAUUAGAGGUAUGUAGAAGCAUGAAAGUGACAUGCAUGGCUAAAAAGAAACCAGUAUUUAAAACGUUGGAUUCAUUUCUCUCAGUCAUAGAUGAACAGGGACGAGUAAAAGAUAUAUCAUCCAGAUGCGCUGACUUGGAUUCUGUUAUGCAUGUAGAACUUGGCGUCUCUAAAGCAAUUCUAAAUUCAGUAAUAUUCUGCCACCAAGAAGAUGCCAGCUGGCCUCUGGAUGAAGGCAAGAAAGUCAAGGAAAGAUUUGAUGAAAUAUUUGAUGCUGAUAAAUACAGCACUUGCUUUGAUCGGCUGAGAAAGAUCCGGAAGGAGUAUGCCACAUCUAUUAAGUUACUAGAACAAAGUGUAGCCCACCUGACUGAACAAAAGGAGGAAUUAGACAAGAAGAAACUAAAUGUUGUCAAUGAUGAGAGCCGUAUCUCUGAUGCAGAGCUAAAAGUGUCCAAAAUAACUCAGGAGCUUAACCCAAUCACGGAGAAACUAAAAGCAAUAGAGACACUACAGAAGAAUUUGGUUGCUUUUGAAUCUAAGAGAGAAAAAAUUAAAGCAAGAUUGGAACAUUGCCAAACACAAGAACAGGAGCUGAAAAAAUCUAUAAAGAAUAUUUUUGAAGGAUCAAUCACAGAGUUACAGGAAAAUAUAAAUAGUUAUGGCACCACAGCCAAAGCAAAGGAAAAGGAACUUGAAGAGUCCUACAAAAAGAACUUCUCAUUCAAUAAGGACGAGGAGAAGAUCGCCAAUGAAAAAACGUCCAAUGAGGUCAAGUUUAACAAGCUCAUUUUAUUGGAAAGCCAAAACCAGGAUCGGAUUGAUAGAAAGAACAACAUGAUUGUGGAAACUGCAAAAUUGGCCGACAUUGAAAUCCAACCUAUAGAAUCAAAUGAGGAAGCAGACGCAGCCAUCAACACAGUAACAGAUAAAAUCAAAUCUCUGCAGAAAGAUCUUGAGGACUUGAAAUCUAUGGCUGAUGCAGAAGAGAACAAACUACAGUCACUAGUCAAUGCUAGUAUAGAUGCCCUUUCCCGCCAUGAACAAAAAAUAUCAAAUAAAGAAUCAGAAAUCAAGACUGUAAGAAAUAACAUUGUCAAGAUUGAAAGAGAGAUAAUGGACGCCAAUGAAUCAAAGCUACGAUUGGAGACGGUGGAACGAAAAGUUAAAACUGCAGAAGAAGAAUAUGAAUCGGCAGUACGAGAAUUAAACACAGAAGAAUGCCAAAGAGAAAUUAAUGAUGACGAAAAAGUUAUAGAGCAACAUGAACAUGAAUUAGAACAACUUAACGAAAAGGUAACGAAGCUUCAAAAACAAAGCGCAAAAUUAAAAGAACGAGAUUUAAUCGAAGAGUCGUUGAAACAGAAGGAAAAACAGCUGAUUCUUUUAAAGAAUAAACACAGAACUGCGAUCACAGAACUGUUGGGGCGAAUGCCGGAGAAUGGUUUCACUAUGGCCAUACAAAAAUUUGAUUUGGAUAUAUCAGCCGAGGUGGAAUCUAUGAAAAAGAAGUUGAAGGAAAAACAUAUUGAGGUGACUAGCCAAGAAGCCGAGCGCAAGCACGUCCGAGAGAUGCUGAACGACCGCCGCAGCGAGUUGACGAAAGCGGAAGACCAGAUGUAUAAAGCUUGCGGUACCCAGUCCUAUGAAGCAACACUGGCUAAAUUAAAUAGCACUGUGGAGAAAUUGCAGGAAGAUCAAAAUUUGGCGCAAUCGUCAAUGUACAUCAUCACUAAAUACAAAGGACAGCUCAAGGAUAAUAAGUGUUGUCCCUUGUGUAACCGUGGAUUUGAUGCGGAAUCUGAAGUGACCGACUUAAUAUCCCAACUGACAACUCAAGUAAUGAAUGUUCCGGCAAAAUUGGAUAAAAUAACCGAAGAGUUGCAAAGAGCCUCUGCCAAGAAAGAUGAACUGCUAAGUAUGAGAUCCUUGAACGAAAAAAUACAGUCGUUAAAAGAGAAAGAAAUACCACAACUGGAGAAAAGACUUAGUGAUGUGGAUAAGAACAUUUCAACAAUAUCGGAGUCUGUCGAAGAGAUAUCGAUGUCGCUGAUGGAACCAGAGCAGAAGUUACAGACAGCCAAGCAGGUCGCGGGCCACAUGCCGCUCAUGGACCAGAUGAUUACUGAAGUCAACAGUAUCACUAAAAACUUGGAAGCCAUAAAAGCUCAAUGUAGCGGCAUAGAAUCCGAUAUGACGCUUGACGAAGGUACAGCAAAGCAAACUGACUUGAGACAAAAGAUCAGCACGCUCCGAGCGCGAGUGAAGAGUGCACAGGUGAAGCUGAACGCGCACGCCAAGAAACUGCAGGCCAAGGCCGAGGCCAAGAAUAAGUUGAAGGAGGAAUAUCUCAACAUACAGAAAAAGGUUCAAGAGUUACAUAAUUUGCAAGAAACCCUAAAGCAAUUGCAAGCAAACAGCGAGAAGUAUGCCCUAGAACUUAAGCAGCUACAAGACGCCACCGGAGCGCUUAAAGCAGAACUGAAAGAGAAGGAACAUGCCAAGACUGAGACAGUAAAGAAGAAUAGAACCGCAAUCGACACUAAGCGAAGCUUUAUCACGAAAAUCUUAAACUCAUUCGAUAAAGUGAAGACCAUUAUAAUAGAAAUAAAACAACACGAAGAGAAGAACGUUCAACGCGAAAUGGAUAAAAUUAAAGAGGCAAACGACCGGCUGAUGGAACGGCAGAAACAGAUUAUGACAGACAGAAACACUCUUACUAAAAGAAUAGACUCGUUGAAGGAUGAAUUGGCCAAACAAGAGACUUACAAACGUGAUUUAGACGAUAAUCUCAAGCUGAGGAAAGCCCAAAUGGAAAUUACUAGCUGUGAUAAAGAAUUAGCGGAAAUCAAUGAGAAGAUGAGCGGCGUCAAUGUGGACAUGAUCUCGGAAAAGGGACCUUUAAUUAAUAAACAUACACAGUUGCUGAGAGAAAAAGCUGUUACUGAAGGAGAAUUAAAUGAAAUUAAGAAAAGACUGCAACAAAAUAGGCUAGAACUGAAGAAGGCGCAAAAUAAGGACGUCGAGAAGAAAUACAGGGAAAAGUUCUACGAGAUGAAAGUGACUCAAGCGUUAGACAAAGACAUUAAGGAGUAUUCUGUGGCUUUAGAAAAGUGCCUCAUGGAGUUUCACAGAGAAAAAAUGGAGAACAUCAAUCUUAUCAUAAGAGAAAUGUGGCGGAAGAUAUACAGAGGAAACGAUAUUGACUAUAUAGAGAUAAAGACUGAAUCAAGCAUGUCCGCUGACAUGGAAAGGCGUAAAUACGAUUAUAGAGUUGUACAAAGUAAGAACAAUGUUGAGAUCGAUAUGAGGGGGCGCUGCAGUGCCGGACAAAAAGUAUUAGCCUGCCUCAUUAUAAGAUUGGCUCUUGCUGAAACGUUUAGUUCUAGGUUCGGCAUCCUAGCCCUAGAUGAACCCACAACGAACCUGGACCACGAAAACGUGCGCAGCCUAUGCUCCGCUCUCGGCGAGAUAGUCCAAGAACGCAUGAGACAAAAGAACUUCAUGUUCAUCAUCAUCACCCACGACAAGGAGUUCAUAGAGUCCCUCGGUAAUGUGGACAAGGUCACGCAUUACUACGAGGUCUCCAGGAACGAUGAAGGGAAAUCGCGAGUCAAAAAGAUUAGGUUCAGUUAAGCUUAGGUUUGUUAUACCAUUCCAUUUAUUAACCUAUUGUUGAAGGCAGUGCCUUGCAAGCAUUUAUUUAAUGUUUAUAAGUGUAACUUUA